AUGUCUUUGUGUGACGACAUGCUGCUUUGUAAUUAUCGAAAGUGUCGCAUCAAGCUCUCUGGUUAUGCGUGGGUCACUGCCUGCUCUCACAUUUUCUGUGAUCAGCAUGGCAGCGGUGAGUUUAGUCGUUCGCCAGCUAUCUGCCCAGCUUGCAACAGUACCCUUUCUGGAAAACUAGAUAUUGUCCGUACAGAACUCAGUCCAUCAGAGGAAUAUAAAGCCAUGGUACUGGCAGGACUUCGACCAGAGAUUGUGUUGGACAUUAGCUCCCGAGCACUGGCCUUCUGGACAUACCAGGUACAUCAGGAGCGUCUCUAUCAAGAAUACAAAUUCAGCAAAGCUGAGGGUCAUCUGAAGCAGAUGGAGAAGAUAUAUACUCAGCAAAUACAGAGCAAGGAUGUAGAAUUGACCUCUAUGAAAGGAGAGGUCACCUCAAUGAAGAAAGUGCUAGAAGAAUACAAGAAGAAGUUCAGUGACAUCUCUGAGAAACUUAUGGAGCGGAAUCGUCAGUAUCAAAAGCUCCAAGGCCUCUAUGAUAGCCUUAGGCUACGAAACAUCACUAUUGCUAAUCAGGAAGGUAACUUUGAACCAUCCAUGAUUUCCAAUUCUGGUAUUUUUGGCUUCCCAUUAGGGAACAAAUCCAAGUUUCCUUUGGACAGUACACCAGUUCAAAACCAGGGUGGUGGAGACGGAGAUUUUCAGUUCAGACCAUUUUUUAUGGGUUCUCCCACAGCACCUGAACCCAGCAGCAACUUUUUUAGUUUUGCAUCUCCAAGUCAUGAAUUAGAGCAGCAGCAAGUCUCUAGCAGGGCCUUUAAAGUAAAAAGAAUUUAAUGCACUUUACAAAAUGUUUCUCUGUUCACUCUUAGUGAUUUCAUUUAUCAAAUAAUCUUUAUUCUAGAUAGGAGUCACCAACCUCCCUGUGCUACUAAGUUUUGAAGUUGUCUUCACAUAUUCAAUUUUUAAGAAAUUGAGUGGCAAUGAGGAGUGGCUUUAGAGUCUGGUUCCUUUUUCUGUUUUCAUUA